AUGUUGAAACUUCUAACAAUUGUCUUUGGCUGCCUGCUGGCCUUGCUGGGCUCCCGGGCGGUGCGGGCGGCCUUUCUGCAGGAGUGCGAGGGCGUCAUCAUUAGCCGCGUGCCCAAUCCGAAUCCCGACUGCAGCGAAUAUGUCUACUGCAAUGGCGAUGAUUCCUACUACUGCAACGGCGACUGCAACGAGCCGGUCAGCUGCUACGGCUCAAAUGACACGGAGACAACCACAUCGCCGGAGAGCACGGAGCUGGCAACGGAGCAGCCAGCCGCAAGCAGCACUGAGACUUCCAGAGCAACCAGCAGCAGCAGCAGCAGCAGCAGCAGCAUCGCCCAUCGACAACGUCUCGAAGCGGAGGCCAUGCAUCAUCUAAGCAAAAACUUAUUGCUGCUGCUUUUGGUCGCCAGCUGCCAUUUGGCGGCCAGCGACAUCUUCGAGCAGUGCAACGCGGAGAAUAAUAACAAUUUUGUGGAGUCCAAUAAGAGUUGCACACAUUUCGUGUUCUGCAGCGGCGAGGACUCCUUCGAGGGCGAGUGUCCCGAGGAGAAUGACUACUUCAAUGCCCAGCUGGGCAUGUGUGAGCCCAUGCAGGACGUGGACUGUCGCACCGGCCUGCCGCUGCAAACGGUGGAGGGUGCCGGCUCGAUCACAGUCACCGAAUUGCCAGCAGUCACUGUGACUGAUGUCGUGACUGCUGCGUCAGCCUCCAGCCCGGCCACGUCCACGGCCAGCGCGGUGCUUCAGACAACGCCUGUCAGCCUUGGGGAGAAUAAGGUGGUCACCCUGGUGGCCAGCGCUUGUCCAGCCACGGAUAAUUACAAUCAGAUUGUGCUGAUGGGCCACGACAAGUCCUGCACGGAGUACUUCAUAUGCUAUCACGGCAAGCCGCUGGCCAUGACCUGUGCCGCCAUGCUGCACUUCAAUGUCAAGACCGGCAAAUGCGAUAAGGCCGAAAUAGUCAACUGUUUGCGAUCAACUAUAAGCGUGCGGGAACAAUGCAAGUCGCAUACCGUGGAUAUCUAUCCGCAUCCCGAUAACUGCAACUACUUCUACUUUUGCCGCAAUGGUUACCUGAUGCUCCAGCAGUGCCCCUUCUUCUACGGCUGGGACUACGAGAAGCGUUCCUGCGUGGCGAUCGCGCAUGCCAGGUGCUACGGCAGAACACGACUCUUUUAA